AUGGUGAUGACGGUGCGGACUCUUGCGACGCUCGUGCUCAGCUUCGUUUUGGUGCAUUGCUUCGCGGCGCAGUGGGCGGCGCACGGAGUCCAGUUGAUCGGGGCUGGAAGUCCGAAUGCCGUCGACGUGAUGGACGUGUGGGCAAAAACCUACCAGUACACCCGUGACGAUGUCUCGCAAGCCUACAGCCCGAUGGGCAACGACCCGGCCACCCUUCUCUACAUCCAGGGCAAAGUGGAUUACUUGGCGCUCGACGCUGGCGUGCCGCCAGAGCUGAUCACCUUCUACGGCCUGGCCCAGUUCCCCCUUGUGGGCCAAGCGUUGGUUAUGGCCUACAACAUCUCCACCCUGGGUCCCAACGACCCCGCCCUGGUCAUCGACAGGGAGACGCUGGGUCUGAUCUGGGCUGGCAAUAUCACGGUGUGGAACGACACCCGCAUCAAGAGUCGCAACCCGCCCAGUGUGGCCGACAAGCUGCCGUUCGCGCCCAUCAUCCUGGGCUACCACGAGGACAACAACGUCUCCGUGGCCGAGGUGGUCAAGCAGGCCCUCCAGAGCUUCAGCCCCGACUUCAAGACCGCCCUCUACGCGGCCCAGUACUUGUGGGCCAACAUGACGCCGGCCCUGCAGGGCAGGAGUUUCGAGAACGGCGUCUUUGAUGAUACGAAAGUCGAAUUCCUCCAGACACAACCCAACAGCUUGACAUACAUGAGUCUGCCGGGCGCGGUCGAGUACAAGGUGCCGUACAUGAACAUGAUAAACAAAGCCGGGGUCCUGGUCCAACCCAAUAUAUCAACGGUUCAAUCGGCGCUGGCGACGUUCAACGACUACAUCUCCAAGGGCAUCUUCACCAUCAACGUCGUCGACGCCAACGGCACCAACUCGUGGCCGCUCUCCUACAUCAUCUACUUCACCCUCAACAAGGACACCCCCUUCUCCGACUGCUCCAACGUGCAGGAGCUGAUGGAGUUCGUGGCCUGGACGCAGACCAACGACGCGGCUUCGGAGGUGGCCACCACUUCAAACUACGCACCGCUGGACGUCUCCCUACGCAAGGCAGUCAUCGACGCGCUGGCCGGUAUCAGCUGCCGAGGCGAGCAGGCCUACAAAACGGCCUACCUGGUCGGCGCAGGCGCGCCGAUACCGCUCUACACAGCAUGGAGCGUGGCGCGCACGUCGGCCACCAACAAGAUGAAGUUCUACCAGACGUCGUCGACUGAGGCCAAGCAGCAGCUGAGCCAGUACAACCUCCACUUCGGCAUCAGCAGCAACGGCCUGAGCGAGGAUUGGUACACUGAGAUGUCCGACGUCGCGCUCAUGCCCUCCUCGGUCUACGCCUUUGUGCCUGCCUUCAACCUCCAGAACGUGACCGACGGCGGACUCGAGCUGGUGCUCGACUUCAACACCAUCGCGUUGAUCUACCUCAAUCAGAUUACGAUGUGGAACGAUCAGCGCAUCAAGGAUCUCAACCCCGCCGCUACCGCCGCCGCGCUGCCCAACGCGCCGAUCGUGGUGAUCACCUCCUCGGUCGCGUCGGACCUCACCCAGCUCUUCACCACCGUGCUGGCCCGCACCGUGUCCGCGUUCGAGGCGGCGGUGGUCCCCGGACCCUCCGCCACCUUCCCUGUCCAGGGCGCCGGCCCGAGCAGGUCCAUCAUCGUCGACAGCCCCGAAGAGAUGAUCAGCACCCUGAGCGCCACCAGCAACGCAUUCUGCUUCGCCAAUGGCUACGAUAUCACGCUGACACGAACCCUCGGAACGGCCUCGCUGGUGAACUCGGCCGGCAAUGUGGUCAAGGCCUCUGUCACCACGCUCACCAGCGCGCUCAACGACUACGUGGCCGGCCAGACCGUGUCCACCAACCCGAGCCGCCGCGCCGGGUCCGGCCUUGCCUUUGACUCCGCCCUUCUCGGAACGGGAGCGAGCAGCUGGCCGCUGGCGACGUUUGGUUCGUUUGUGUACCGGUCUGAGAGCAUGCAGGAGUGCGCCAAGGCUGCGGCUCUGGCCAGCUUCUUCUACUGGAGCCAAACUGAUCCCAUCGCACUCCAGAACGCUGACCGACAGGGUAUGGUGGUGCCGACGACCGUGGAUACGAUCAACCGCUCUUUCCUCGAACAGCUCAAGGCCUUCACGUGUAACGGGGUGGCCGUGAGCGAGCUCUCCAACUGCAUCAACGACGGCCAGCUCUGCUCCGGCGACGGUGGCGUCUGCACCAACAACAAGUGCGUGUGCAACCCCGACAGGGAGGGCACAUACUGCGAGGACUUUGUCUCCGGAUCCGACAGCCCGCUCGGAAUCAUUCUCGGCGUGGUGAUCCCGGUGGCGGUGAUUGUCCUGUGCUCACUGCUGUUGCUGAUCGUGGUGCUGAUGGUGAUCAUCCGCCGCAAGGGCAACAAGUCCGACGACUGGGAGAUCGACUAUGGCGAGCUCGACCUCGGCGAGCACCUCGGCGCCGGCGGCUUCGGUGAGGUCCACCGCGCCACGUGGAAGGGCACCGAGGUGGCCGUCAAGGUCAUGACCUCGGAGAAGAUCACCAAGGAGAUGGAGAAGUCCUUCAAGGACGAGGUGCGGGUGAUGACGGCGUUGAGGCAUCCCAACGUGGUGCUCUUCAUGGCGGCCUCGACUAAGGCGCCCAAGAUGUGCAUCGUCAUGGAGUUCAUGACCCUCGGCUCCCUCUACGACUUGCUGCACAACGAGUUGAUUCCGGACAUUCCGUUCCAGCUCAAGGGCAAGAUGGCCUACCAGGCCUCCAAGGGCAUGCACUUCCUCCACUCGUCGGGCAUCGUGCACCGCGAUCUCAAGUCGCUCAACUUGCUGCUCGACGCCAAGUGGAACGUCAAGGUGAGCGAUUUCGGUCUGACCAAGUUCAAGGAGGACGUCAAGGGCAAGGGCGACAAGGACGUGGCCGGCAGCGUGCACUGGACCGCGCCCGAGAUCCUCAACGAGUCGCCCGACGUGGACCACAUCCUGGCCGACGUCUACUCCUUCGGCAUCAUCCUCUGGGAGCUCCUCACCCGCGAGCAGCCCUACUUUGGCAUGAGCCCGGCCGCUGUGGCGGUGGCGGUGAUCAGGGACAACAUUCGGCCCAAGAUGCCCGAGCCCCCGGGCGCCUGCCCGCAGGAGUUCGAGGAGCUGAUCACCAGCUGCUGGCACCAGGACCCGACCAUCCGCCCGACCUUCCUCGAGGUCAUGACCCGCCUGUCGUCCAUGAACGGCGACUCGUCCGGCACCGGCGGCGUCUCGUUCACCUCCAAGACCACCUCGACCUCGACCUCGUCGGGCGGCAACUCGGCCGACGCCCGCCCGCCCAAGAAGAACAUCUACGGCUCGUGGGGCCUGCCCUCGACCCAGGCCUCCACCUCGACCGGCUCCUCGUCGGCCUCCAACGCGUCCAAGAACUACUCGGCCCACGCGGCGGCGGGCGGCGGCGGCGUGCGCGCGCCCGAAGGCGAGGUGACGAUCGUGUUCACCGACAUCACGCGCGCCGCCUCGCUCUGGGAGUUCAACGCCGCGACCAUGCGCGACGCCACGCUGCUCCACAACGACACCCUGCGCGCGGCGCUCAAGCGGCACCGGGGCUACGAGGUGGUGUUCCUCAACAACCGCAACAGCGGCGAGGGCUCGUUCUGUAUGGCCUUCCAGCAGGUGGCCGACGCGCUGGCCUGGUGCGCCGACGUGCAGAAGGCCCUGCUGGAGGUGGAGUGGCCCGAGGCGCUGCUGGACCACCCGGGCGCGGCCGAGGAGUGGGGCGACACCGACGACCGUGUGCUGUUCAAGGGCCUGCGAGUGCGCAUGGGCGUGCACGUGGGCGCGCCCAAGGUGUUCGAGAUGCCCGACGCGCCCCACGGCGCCAAGCUCUACGAGCUCAAGGUGCCCGGCCUCGAGUCCCGCUUCUUCGGCGGCGUCACCAACGAUGGCGAGGCCAGCUCCGGCGACUCCCCCGCCAGCGGCGACGACCGCGGCCCACGCAAGGAGCGCCCCGUCGCCGACGGCAGCGGCAGCGGCUCGGCCAGCAGCGACGGCGGCCGGCGCGAUGAGCUGCAGACCGCGGUGGGCGAGGGCAUGAUGUUCAAGGAGGACACCUUCCUCACGUCGGCCAACCUGUGCCGCUGGAUCAUCGACUUCCACGAGAUCCAGAUCGGCAAGCAGGUCGGCCUGGGGUCGUAUGGCGUGGUCUACCGCGGCAAGUGGAAGGGCGUCGACGUGGCGGUGAAGCGGUUCAUCAAGCAGAAGCUCGACGAGCGGCGCAUGCUCGAGUUCCGCGCGGAGAUGGCCUUCCUGUCGGAGCUCCACCACCCCAACAUCGUCCUCUUCAUCGGCGCGUGCGUGAAGCGGCCCAACCUGUGCAUCGUGACCGAGUUCAUGAAGCAGGGCUCGCUCAGGGACAUCCUGGCCAACAACACCAUCAAGCUCACGUGGAAGCAGAAGAUGCGCAUGCUGCGGUCGGCGGCGCUGGGCAUCAACUACCUGCACUCGCUCCACCCGGUCAUCGUGCACCGCGACCUCAAGCCGUCCAACCUUCUGGUGGACGAGAACAUGAACGUGAAGGUGGCCGACUUCGGGUUCGCGCGCAUCAAGGAGGAGAACGCCACCAUGACCCGCUGCGGCACGCCGUGCUGGACGGCGCCGGAGAUCAUCCGCGGGGAGAAGUACGACGAGCGGGCCGACGUGUUCUCGUUCGGCAUCAUCAUGUGGCAGGUGGUGACGCGCAAGGAGCCCUAUGCCGGGCGCAACUUCAUGGGCGUGUCGCUCGACGUGCUCGAGGGCAAGCGACCGCAGAUCCCCAACGACUGCCAGCCCGAGUUCAGGAAGGUGAUGAAGAAGUGCUGGCAUGCCAGCGCCGACAAGCGGCCCAAGAUGGAGACCGUUCUCGCCUUCCUCGACGCGCAAGUGGGCGACGAGGACAACAUCGCCGCACCCUAA